GGCAAAACAGUGUGAAAGAGUUGCUUCAUGCUAUGAAGUGCAGUGUUCAGCCAGAUUAAUAGCUGGAAAGAAAUUGAAUGUUUUUUCCUCUAGUUCCAGCUGUGCUUCAGUGCAAUAAACUUUUUCUUAAUUUUCAUAAAAGAAAUUUUUGAGUUAUUUCAAAGAUCUGAUCAAUUGGUCAAUUGUUAAACUACACAACUGAUUAUUUCUAGAUGCCUCUGGACAGAUAAAGUUCUGGCACUACACAUCUGGUUCUUGUAUCCACACAAUCCAUGAGGUGAGACAGACGCUGACUUCCGCAUUCACUCCUAGCACAGAAAAGUUUAUCACAGCUGGUGCUGACUCUGAGAUCCAUGUCUAUGACACUGAGAGCAAGAGGAAAGUUUUUACCUGUGAGCCAAGUGAUAGUAGAGAUUUGAUGAAUGGUCAUCGGCUGAGGGUAUUUGCCUUGAAAUUCCAUCCAUAUGAACCCAACAUCUUCAUAUCAGGAGGGUGGGAUGAUACUGUACAGUUCUGGGAUCUGAGACAGAAAGGGUCCACCAGGUCACUGUUUGGUCCACACAUAUGUGGAGAUGCCUUGGAUAUUGAUCCAGUUCAUAACCACAUCCUCACAGGCUCUUGGAGAAAGGAGAACACACUGCAGAUCUGGGACUUUAAUAAUGGAGCUAAGAUCAAAGAUGUUCCCAUAGACCACAUGCAUUCAAGUCUGCUGUACUGUGCCCAGUGGCUGGGUAAAGACUACAUGGUGUGUGGUGGAUGUGACCACAACAUGGCCAUGGUCAUUGACAGAGGCACACUGAAUGUAACUGGGCAGGUGUAUGAUCUCCCUCAAGGCGUUUACUGUGUGGACAGCACAAAAACAGGAGCCAUCCAUAAGCUGGCCAUUGGAUCUGAACACCAAGUACACAUUGUCAAAAAUGAAAAGAAGUGAGAGGAGACUUAGCACAAUUUCUUCUAUAUGAUGAA